GCUGCAUAGAAGUAGAAGGAAUAGCGUAUGUAAUUAAGUGCGGCACCAUAGAGCGAGGUCAUCUGUUCAGAUUGCUAACGCGCCACUGUCUACUUUUGCGAGGGACUGCUCAAGGAAGUACCAAGAACCCAAGCCCAUAGGAAAGUACCCGACUCGAGCAACCUCAAGCUCAACCCCAAGUGACGAGAACCCUUUUGAGUAGGUAAAAGAGUACUUAACAUAUGCGGCAGCGCUAGUCCCAUAAUAUUUUCUUCUUUCUUUUUAGGAAACGACUUGCCCUCAGCGGCACUCACCACGACCCCCAUACGCCCUCCUUGAGGCGCUCAGCCCGCGCCUCCGGAUCCCCCUUGUGUGAGAACGAGGCAAAGGCAUCUUAUCUUACUUUCUGGAGUCAUUAUCGUGCUAGAUGAUCCGUCCUCUCUGAUUCAUCUACGUACUCUUAGAAAGAACUUGAGCUACGCAUUAUUACAGAAGACUUGUCCUCCUCGUGGUCUCUCUCAUCUACCUAGGAGUAGUUGAUGUGUACUAUUUAAGUAUUUAUAAUAUAUAGUACUACUGCAUCACAACUUCUAAACAACAAUGUAUGAAGGACAUCACGAUCGCCACCUAAUCUAACGCUAACCUAACCUAACGAGCGCCACAUAAUUAGAUUUUUUUGAUGUACAUCGAUUGAAUUUGAAGAUAGUCACCACCUAUUGGGUUCUCGUCGUACUAAUAACUAGUUUAUUCUUCACGACCAACACACGCAUAAUUCGAUAUUCCUUUGCGUGGGUCGUUUAAGCCUAGUCUUGUGUAAAGGUAGGCUUGUCAACAACACAGCCUGGUAGUUAUAUUUGGGCGUCACAAGUAUAGUAGUCCGAAAAUAGUAUCAUUGUCACGUAGUAGUGGAUUUAGACGUGCUGGAAACUUAAAUACUGACUGUAACCUGUUAGGAGGUGGCACGACAGAGGUGGCACGGCUAUAGAGCUCGACAUAGAGGGCAGCCGGAGUCGCGAUCUGUUGUUGUUAAUGUUGUUAGUACUACUUCAGGGUCAACAACUACAGAGAAUUCCACACGCUUGAUGAUGGUACUUCUUCAGGAUCAGCAUCAGAAGAAAUUGAAAAUGAUGCUGGGCAGUAGUAGUAAUUGCUCCUCCCGGCGGUUCUCGACAUCAUCAUGCUUCUUGGAGGUGGUGGUAGUGCGAGCCGUUGUGGUGUGGGCAGUGUGUGGGCAGGCGGUCUUUGCUUUCGCUGGCGGGCGAGAACGCGCACGGUUGAUGUACCAGGAGACUACAGCUACACCUCAAGGAGGAGGGAUUCACCAGAUGGUAUACCAACAUCGAGCAGGAUCGUCUGCUGGUCAACAACAGAAUCCUUGGGAGACGGGCUUUUUCCAACAUGAUCUUGGACAAGAACAGAAACUACAGGGCUAUCCGUAUCAACAAAAUCAUCAGCCAGCACAGCCAUCGCGACAAGCGCAGCUGUACUCGUCUUCGCAGCAGAUGAUGUAUGCAACAGGGCCACAAGCAAUGUACUCUCAGCAGGAACAGCUGCAGGAGCUACAGGGACCGCAGGCGGCGAUGUAUUUUUAAGGCUUAGAUAAUAUAUUUCAUAGUUUCUACAAGUCGCUUGAGGAAGUCCAUCUUCACAGGCAUCUUGUUCCCGUUUUGAAGGGAAAUAGAUGGGCACGAAGAUGCUCACCAAGAUGGACUUCUGCAUGGUCUAAUAUUUUCAGCAACCAGUCGCGUCCAUGGUGCACUCGAAGAAGACGAGCGCUUCUUCCUAUCAACAUGAUCCUAAUAUGCAGCAAGGUCUACCUCCUGUGUACUACAACAAUUCGAGUAUUGCAAGUGCUUCUGUGCAGGCACAUCAGAUGGAGACUCAUGGCGACCGUAUUUGGCAUGGUCCACAAGAGCAUAAUUCUCGGCCGAUGUUGUCACUGUCUUCAGCUUCGUCUUCUGGUGCACCUUGGCCUCAUACGGAACUUGGUCUGACACUGUCGAUGCUAGCAGACGCACAGCGAAGAUUAGACUGCCUUCAACUUUUAACGCAGGAUCAACAUGCCCGAGUGCAAUUACUACAACAGGGAAUCUUUAAUACAAAUACUGCUGGCGUUGAUACUCCAGCACCUCCUGUACCUGGGCCCGCUUUUUCAGCCGCUGAAAUGCGUCUAGUGCAGCAACAACAACAAGGCCUACAGCUGUCGAGUCAAAGUCAGUCUAUGAUGGCAGUACAACCUCCACAGCUGGAGCAAGAGUAUUACUCUCCGAGUACUACCAUAGAUGGGCGCCGUCAUGAUCACUACGAGGAGGAUACAAACAGCGCAGAAAAACAAAUGGAAAGUAGACUAUCCUUAAUUUCGCAAAAAGUUUUUUCAGCCCCGACGCAAAGCCUCCAACCUCAAGGCCAACAUCGAAGUGAAAUUCUUGGAGCAAUGCCAGGACAGUAUCAACAUCAACAGCAACAACAUCAACAGAGCGAAGAAGUAGGCGCAGGCGCCCAGCUGCUCCCUCGUGCUGGUACUGCUCACGCAUCUUCAUCUUCAUCUUCAUCUUCAGAGGAAUUUCAGCGUCAGAAUGCGGAGCUCCAGCAGCAAACCCUGUCAGCGCAGCGCGUACAAGAACAGCAGAGGAAAUUGCAACAAUGUCCGCAAAGCCACUGCCAACACCUUCAACGACACCAACAAGAGCAUCACAGGAGAACCGGAGAGCAGCCACAGGGGCAUCAAAAUGUUCGCGGACAACCUCAAAGAACACAACAAGGACAAGAACAUCUGCCGCGCGACAAACCAUCCAGAGAGACGGGACCUAAUGGUAAAGCACUAGUAGCCAAGCACGAGCCAGCAAAAAUGCGCCCUAGCAAGAGUUCCGAACUACAGCCAUCUGCUGGGCCUCCUAGCACAAGGCAGGGACUUUCUGCCUCAGGUUCAGUGAAAAAGACUCAACAACAACAAGUAGACCAGCCUUCUUACCAUUCCCCGCAUGUACAGGGAGCAGCUAAGUCCGCGCCUGAAGGACCGCAGGGAGCAACUAGUAAUCUUGGGGCCCCAUUUCCACAACAGCAUGAACAUGUCCACGAUGCCAGUGAUGCAGAUUCGGUAUCGUUGCCUAAAAGCAAGAAUGUACCGACUCAGUACCACGAACAAGCUCAAGAGAAACUGGGAGCUGAAUCUGGUGAACAUUCUCAGUCUAGCCUUUAUAGUGAAUCAAGCCAUCCUGAAGGGCCGGAAUUUAGUCAAAGACGUGGCCGUCUGUAUCGUGGGCCAUCAAAACGUUUGCGAAGUAUAACUUUAGCAACUAUAGUGGAAGAAGCCUCGCCGAGGAGUUCUGAAGACCGCCGUAGUGGGUCAUCUUCAAGCAGGUCGAAAGAAUUAUUGACUCCAGCGACGCCAACUGCCGAGCAACAGUUGAAGAGUAGUGUUACAGCGACCUCUGCUCGUAGUACUAGCGCAUCUGCAUCUGCUGCGUCUUCCAGUAACCCAGCACUAGGAUAUUCAUCCAGUAGCCCUCUAUCUACACAGAAGAAAAAAGGCCAGCGUUUGGACCGGUUUCAUGGUUUUAGCUUGGUAGGAGAGGCAGACUCAGACGAGGCAGAUGAACUUAAGCAAGGCUAGAAGAAAUCCAUCUUCACAGGCAUCCUGAGACCGUUUCCAAGGGGAAAAAGGUCCUCGGAUGCGUCUUCCAGUAACUAGAAUUUUCAUCCAGUAGCCCUCAAUCAGACGAGGCAGAUGAACGCCCUCAUCUAAAAAAGGUGGCUCUGGUAUCUUUAGGAACUCGUCUACUAAGGCAUCGGCAUCAGCGGAAAGGACGACAUCACAGCCACCACCUCUACAGGAUGCAGCUGAACUUGAAAAGUCGACUCCUGGCGCUUCGUCCGCAAAUAGAAGAGGGCCUGUGGCUGUGCUUGAACUUGAGAGAAAAAGUAGCGCCUCUAAAUCGGAGGAGCAUCUUCAAGGGAGGACCCUACCAAGAAGUGAUCGUCAUAAAGUAGAGAUGACAACCCUACCAGUAAAUGAUAAUACUAGAGUACUAGAGACACCCUGUUCACCUACAGUAGGAGUAGAAGAGACACCUUCUACUCCUAGUUGUAGCAGUGCCAGAGCUAGGCCGACCUUAUCUCCAUCGCGACGUCAGCAAUUAGUAGAAUGCAUGCGAAAGAAGAGUAAAGACUCUUCUGGUAAAAGGAAGGACAAAUCUCCACAGCGGACGAUUGGCAUUAUGAUCCCUCAAAUAGUUAAGGCUUCCGGUUGCCUUAAUUCAUCUUGAGAUUGGGAAGCGUCUUGGCGCCUUUUCCAAAGCGAGAACCACGCCAAAGAUGCCCUCCAAGAUGAAUUAAGGUCUAACUAAGCUCUAAGACAGCUCCUGAUGCAGGCCAAUCAGGCGCACGAGUUCGCACUUGCUCUCCUAUAGCAGAAGAAGUGCCGUCUCCGGUAUCUGUAGCAGAUGAGCAAUCUAGUGGCAAAGCAGUAGACUUCGUCAGCAUGGUCAACAUGGUUGAGGGGAGCGAAAUACUAGAGCGCAGAAAAAAAACUGGCCGCAACAAGAUCAGUGGCCGGGUGGCCGCACAUGGCGUUUCUGUAAACGAGAGCGGAGAGACCGACGUCGGCAAGGGAAAAGAAGAUGGUCAUGGUCUUGAGUUUGGUCCUGUUGCGGAGGGGCCGAAGGAUGUUGUUUCAACGAAAAGUGCCUCUUCUCCCUCGUCCACGUCGCAAGCAUCGGGAACAUCGUCCCCUUGCUACCGUUUUUUUCAGCCAUAUGGUGUUCAUCUUCAUGUGAGGUCACGCUGCGCGUUUGCUCCCUUCAGCAAGAACUUUUCCUGCGGAAAGUUGUGUCCUUUGAUGUGCCUGCAACCUCCAAUCGAUGAGAUCUUUGAUGCUGCUAAAAUGGAGAUGGAGGAUGCUGUUGAAGAAAUGGUGGAGGAUGAUCAUGAUGGGCUUCACGACCGCGACCAGGCGCUUCGGGGUAUGUGUAAAACCACGACUGUAGAGGAAGCUGCUCGUCCCAGUACAACCACAACGCCAGAGCAAGAUCUUCGGUUAACUCGUCCCGAGCGAGGUCGUGGAACUUCCGAGCAAGCUCCUGUCGCAACGACGGGAGACCAGGAGGCACGCGCAAUUGCGACACUGGAAGGAUCUUCGACACUGGAAGGACGAUCUUCGGCAACAGUACAGCAACAGCCUGCAGCGUCGACACAGCAAGAAGCCCCGGCAGCAUCGCCACAGAAAUUAGCGAGUCCUUCUGAAGAAAUUAGCCACGAUCUCGCGGACUACGAUCUCGUGGGGGAAGACGAUGAAGAAGAGGAGCAAGAACAAGAGACAUCUACAACUACUGAAGGUAGAAGAAGAAGCGAUAGAGACAGUGCUGGUCGUGUGCGGCGUAUGCUUCAACGUACUAAGCGCCGGGAUCGGAACUUGCAAGCGAAAUCUGGUGCUGCGAAGAGAGGACAGUGCGGUCCAGGAGGUGGAGCGGUGAUUCUUGUUUCGCCAAUAACCAAGAAGCGUUGCACCUCCUUUGACACUACGUCCGAACAAAGAGGUGCUUUGACACUAACUAGUACACUAACUAGUGGCUGCUCUACUAGUCGCGGCAAAGAUCAUGGAGGUGUUGUAGUUUCUGCGCUUGACGGAGGUGAUGUAGUACUGCCGGAUGUUUGUACCGGUGCCUAA